AUGUCUCGCUUUCUCAACCCGGCCAAAAUUGGCCUCCUUGCGCUGAUCGAAUUGUAUACAAAAAAGACAGUCCCUACAGAUUCCAUCGUAGAUGUGCUGUCCUUCAUAACUUCUCACUUGAUCGACAGUGAUGCUCAAACUUCGUUUUAUACCCCUAAGGGCCGGUGGAAACGAGCUGAAACUACUGUUAGCCUAGUUAUCUCCAUUGCAGACUUUGAGAAAGUCUUAGCACCACAUACCGUUGCUUCUGGCAUGCCUGGCCGGAGCCUAUGGUACGUCUUCCUAGACAGGCUUUGGAAGAUCGACUCGCUUGAUUCAUUACAUGAAUUCUUCGACCACUGCUCAGAUCUGUUAGCAAAGACCAGGGAUGAACUGCGUCGUGACGCUGAGUUAGGCAUUCCAGCCCCAGCUCCUGAAGCCAUAUUGCUCUCUCGUAACUCACCGUUCGGUGCAUUCGUACGAAGAUCUCAGCUCGAAUUCACAAGAUUACGUUUCCACGACGCAUUCGAGUUGUGGAAGGGCUUUGUUAAAUAUCGCCAGGUUACAGCGACAUAUUACAGGAAAAAGACGCCGUCUUUCCAGAGGCUUAGUUUCGAUAAUGUCCUCUUAACCGGGGAGAAUGACUGGGGCUCGGGGGUCGAGACCAUUGCCUCUGUGACUUACGGGGAUAUGCUUAGAGAUGAUCCAAAUUCGACUUUACCUGUUAGCACUGACGAUAUCGAGAAGCUUUUGGAGUUCCAGAUCGAGCAGAUGCAAAAAUACGGCAACCGAGUACCCUUAGAGAUACAACACCAAUUUCAUGAUCUAUUAAACGACAGCUUUAUGAUACCAAGCCUAUCUCACUACUUAAGCUAUUUAGAUGCAUGGAGAGCAGGGGACUACUCUACCUCCUUCGAUUAUCUCCAUCGAUAUUUUGACUACACGAUGCAGAACAGGGACAGGUCUUUCUAUCAGUACGCGCUGAUGAAUCUAGCAGUACUCCAAGCUGACUUUGGGUGCUACAAGGAAGCAAUUUCAGCGAUGCUAGAGACUGUCUCUACUGCCAGGGAGAACCGAGAUAUGACAUGUCUAAAUUUCGCCCUUAACUGGCUUUUUCACUUUGGCAGAGCACAUCCCGGAAUAACUAAGGAGUUGGAGUCGAGUAGCAUGCUUGGCACUGGCAAGGAGUCCCUAGCUUUUCUUAGAAGCAGGGCGAAGGAGACAGGCAUGUGGACGUUGUGGAGUUCUACACUUAUGAGCGAGGCAAAGAUGAGCCUUUCGAAUGGCGAAAGCGUAGCCACGGCGAUCGAGCAUCUCGUCAGAAGCUCCCAAAUUCUAGUCGAACGCAAUAUGAUGAACAUGGUCGGUUCUCAACUAUCGAUCAAUAUAGCAUUGUGGGACAGAUUAGGAAUCGCCUAUCUGUCAGUAACUGCCUGCGAAAUAUUUAUUCGUUGCCAUGCUCGUAAUUCGAUUUUUGACGACGAGCUAAAGGUAACGAGCCGCCAGGCUUCAAUGCUUACUCUUAGGGGUAAGUAUGACGAAGCGCUUGGGAUGUUAGAAGGUAUGGAUGCAAAUUCACUCCGAGCUUGGAAGCCGAGUCAAUACUGGCACAAGUUCCGUGGUAUAAUAAAGUUGAGAAGAGAUCUUCAUCGAAAUAAUCUCGAUGGAGCGGAACUGUUACUCUCCCAACUUCUUCAGUCUAAGGACGAUGAUCUAGAACCCGACCUUGCCUUUGUAAUUGACAGCCUUCAUAUCGAAUGCCUUAUUCGUAGAGGCAAUCUCGACCAAGCUUUUUCAAAAGUAGAGAAAAUGAUUUUGGAACUUCGAGACGAGAACAAAGAUAUCGCACUGCGGGUUCGAUUACUCCUUAUCAAAGCUGAACUUCUUGAUAAGUGUGGCCGGCCGCAGAAAGGGUUCACCAUUGCUGUGCGGGCAGCGAAUGUGGCUUGGCGAGCCCGUCUCAUCCCCUAUCUAUGGCCAGCAAUAGGGGCUAUUGCGAAUAUAUUAACAUCGCUUGGAGAGUUCGAGCCAGCUAUUCAGCUCCUAAAUGCAAUCCUACCGCGCAUUUUCGAGUGUGAGAAUGCCACAAUGACUGCAAAACUUUACUCGCAUCUUGGCGAUGCUAAUAUGGGUAUGGCAGGCAAGAUGCCGCCAAAGUCUAUCAAGAGAAGAGAAUUCAUGACAAAGGCAUUGGAGGCAAUCGAAAAAGCAUUUAAUCAUUACUCGAGCGUCGAAGAUAUAGAUAAACAGUGCGAGAUGAUGGCUAAGAAAGCCACGAUUAUGAAGGUCUCUGGGGAUAACGUUCUUGCGAAUGAUUACGCGGCAGCAUACUUGGCGAUACGCAAAGACGCUGAGCGGAUUACGAUAUGA